AUGGGAAAAAAGGUGGCUGCAACAGGUCGUGGUGAAACAACAACAGAAAUACAAGCAUAUCCACGUGAACAAUUUACUAUUUGGGAUGUUCCUGGUCGAAAUGAUGAAACAUUUCAUAUGACUAUGGAAUAUAUUAGUAUAUCAUUCUUCAAAGGAUUGACAAUACGUUUAAUUACAAUUCAAUGCACAGUAAAAGAAAGUUCCAGUACAAUGAAGUUUUUGGAUGAACUUGGAUUAGAUUAUGAUAUAAUUGUUAAUAAAUUCGAUACUGUAGAUGAAGAUGAACGAGAUAUAUUUCGUGAGCAAAUUCAUCGUGAAAUACGAGAACUUGGAUUGAAGAAUGUAAACAAAGUAUUCUUUGUAAGUGCUAAACAUCAACAAAUGUUUCCUGAUUGGAUAACUAUGGUCGAUUAUUUGACAAAUGCACAAUGA